AUGCUCCCCUACUCCCCACCCUGCAGCGUACCCCCUCUACCCCCCCACCUGUCUUUCUCCCGCCGCCCACCCCCACUCUGCCCCCGACCUUGCUACGAGCCGUGCACCCCCUUCCAGUCGCCUUUCCCCCCUCACCUGUAUCCAGCGUGGGCACCACCCCAGCAUCCCUUUCCCCCUGUCCUCCCAGCGCUCCACCCGUCCCUCCCCGGCACCAGACAGUUUUUCCCAUCGGCACCCAACCCCUACACCCCCUGCACCUGCCCCCUGUGCCUUCUAUCCCCCUCCCCCGACCCACGCCACCCCCCACUUUCUUUUCCUUGUUUCACAGCGCCUCCUUCACGUGCCCUCUCUCUCCUCCCGCUUUCACACCACCAGCCCCUCAACCCCUUCAUCACCCACCGCAAGGCUCACGCCAGCUCGACCACUCGCUCCCUCACAAACUACCCUUCGCCCCUCCCCUUCUGCCCUCUCCCUUUCCCUCCCUCCUGGGCCCCACCUGCCCACCCUCACCUCCCGUUGACUUCUGUCCCAGCCCCCCCCCUUUGGUUGCACCACCCUUCCCCACACCCUGCUCACCCCCCGCUACACCACCUCCCCUUCCCCACCUCCCCUGCACCCUGCCACCACCUCCCCCCCCUUCUGUCCUCCAGCCCGUCCCCCCCUUGGUCCCCCAUCCUCUCCAACGGCCUUUCCUCGGCACCAGACCGCCUCCCCCUCCCCCGGCCAGCCUCUACACCCCCAGUUCCUGCCCCUCGUGCCUUCCAGCCCCUCUUCCCAACCCCCCCCAGUAUCCCCCUUCUCCAGUACCCUCCAUAUUCCCUCCCCCCUGGGGCUCGCCCCUCCGCUAUUAUCACCUUUCACCGGUCCCCCAAUCCCCUCUGUCCCCUGUUUUCUAGUCCCCUUUUACCACAGCUCCUCUUUUCGGUGCCCUCUCUGCCCUCCCACGUUCUCACCCCCCGCCCCCCAACCUCCUCCCCCUCCCCCUCUGUACCCCCCCUUCCGUCCCCCCUUGCUCCACCUGCCCAUCCCCACCUCCCGUCAAAUUCUGCUCCGCCUCUCCUCACUUCGGCCCCACCACCCGGCUCACCCCUCGCUACAUCACCCCUGUUCCCCCGCCUCCCCUGCAACCCGCCACCACUUCCUCUCCCCUUUUUCCCCCAGCCCGUCCCCCCCCUGAUCCCCCAUCCCCCCCAAGCUACCCCCUCCCACCCCGGCCUCUGCCAGGGAGUUUCUACCCCCUUUGACGCCCUUUCCAGCCAAUUCCAGCCACCCACAUCGUCACCACCAGGCAUGCCCGGGGGCACCCGUGCAGGCUCAGUGGAGAGGUCCUCUAACUCACCCACUACCUCCCACUCCCAGGCCAAAAAACAAAUGGAAACACCAAAUCCCGCCCGCACACCCAAGCACACAGAAGUGGGGGAAGGCAGAGCCGGUGGGGAAUCUGCAACAAACGCUACAUGGAAAGGGGUGAGGGAGGCUAUGGGGGAAAGGGCAGCAGAGGCCACACGGGAAAGGCCAGCAGAGGCUGUGGAGGAAGGGGCAGCAAAGGCUGCAGGGGAAGGGGCAGCAGGGGCUGCACGGGAAGGGGCAGCAGAGGCUGCAGGGGAAGGGGCUGCAGGGGUGACAUGGGAAGGGGCAGCAGAGGCUGCAGGGAAUGGGGCAGGAGGGGUUGCACGGGAAGGGGCAGCAGAGGCUGCAGAGGAAAGGGUGGCAGGGGCGGCCGAAGACGGCACCGGAGUAGCAGGGGGGGCUGCAGAGAUCACAGCAAGUGAGGCUGCAGAGACAGCAGCAGGUGAGGCUGUAGAGACCGCAACAGGCGAGACUGCAGGGACCACAUCAGGCGAGGCUGCAGGGACUGCAGCAGGUGGGGCUGCAGAGACCACAGCAGGCGAGGCUGCAGGGUUAGCAGCUGGUGAGACUGCAGGGCCCGCAGCAGGAGAGAAUGCAGAGACCGCAGCAGGUGGGGCGACAGGGACCACAGCAGGUGAGGCUGCAGGGACUGCAGCAGGUGAGGCUGCAGAGAAAGGGGCGGUGGAGGCCGCAGAGGAAGGGGCAGCAGAGGCUGCAGAGGAAGGGGCAGCAGGGGCUGCAGAGGAAGGGGCAGCAGAGGCUGCAGAGGAAGGGGCAGCAGGGGCUGCAGAGGAAGGGGCAGCAGAGGCUGCAGAGGAAGAGGCAGCAGAGGCUGCAGAGGAAGGGGCAGCAGAGGCUGUAGGGGAAGAGGCAGCAGAGGCUGCAGGGGAAGAGGCAGCAGGGGCUGCAGGGGAAGGGGCAGCAGAGUCUGCAGGGGAAGGGGCAGCAGAGGCUGCAGGGGUAGGGGCAGCAGAGGCCUCGGCAGAGGUGGCAGAGGCCCCAGCAGGGGCGACAGUGGCCCCAGCAGGGGCGGCAGAGGACCAAGCAGGGGCGGUAGAGGCCCCAGAAGGGGCGGCGGAGGCUCCUGCAGGGGCGGCGGAAGCCACAUCUGGAGCGGCAAGUGUUGGAAUGGGUGCUGCCAGUGAAGUGCCAGCAGUAGGUCCGGGCGCGGUGGGACAAGGGACAGUGGGGACAGGAGAGAAGGGAACGGGUCAGCCCAAAGGGGAAGUAGACGAGGUGGUUAUGACCCUUUCGGGGGGGGACGGGAUGGGGGACCUGAUGCUCAUCGAUGGCCCUCUGGCCCACUACCUCACCCUCACGGACGUGGACAACAGAGACCCCUCGCUGCCCCAUGGUGAGGCCUCCCCCACUCCCCCACUCCCAAACCCCAUGCUCGCAGGUGGACCAAGGAAGGAACCAGAGGAGACAAGGAAAACGAGGCACUCCCAUGUGAUAGGCGGGGCAGCCAAGGCCAGGGCUUUCUUAGAGGAGCCCUGCUCCCCUACCCCGGACACCCAGCCCCUACCCCCCCGCCAACCAGCCCCCCCCCCUCCCACAGCGGUACACAUCUCUGGAAGUCGGCAGGCACGGACAACCAAAACCAGGUUGGCCGCUGACGGAAGAAGGGAGGCAAAGGCGGCAAGGGGUCAGCUCACCUACUCCCCCCUCCCUCCCUUCCCCCCCAGGCGCCCCUCCUCACCUCACAUCCCGCUGAACCUGCACCAGGCCUUACCCCUAUGGGCCAACCAACACACACACACCCCCCUCCCUUUCCCGCCCCUCCGCAGGGCCAUGGCAGAAGCCGCGUGCGUCAUCGUGGUGGGGGCCGACGAGAGGAGGGAUGCGCCAAUGGCAGACGCUACCGACUCCUCUUCUCAUACCUCCCACCCCAUUCAGCUAGGCUCGUCACUCCCGUGCCCGAUGGAGACGGACCUGGUUCUGAGGCCGUGUCACCUGCACCCAAAUGUGGUGGCGCCUCCCCCUGUGCAGCCUGUCACCGAUGCACUUCCCGUUGCACAGGAGGGCACCGGCACUGGGCUCGAGGUCUCCGCUCCUGUGGAUACCCCUUCGCCUGGGGUAGCAGAGCCGCCGCGCGGACCUAACCCCGCCGAGGGAGAGGAGCACACCAUGGCACGCUCUUAUGGCUCACCUCCACAUCCUCCUUCUUUGACUACCAGGCCAGUACGGCCGGGGGACCCGACCCCAUCCAGUGUGGCACCAUCUCCACCUCUGCCGACACCCCUCCUGCUCAAGGUCGGUGAGUCUUCUCCUACCCUCCUCCCAGGCGAUCCUCUUGGAGCUCAGGCCGACCAUAGGGUCCCUUGUACGGCCAGUUCCGACGCCACAGCCCCGAUCGACCCCACCAACACGGCGACGUCACCCGACCAGGUCGUGAGAUGCCCCACCUGCAGGAGCUCUCUCGCGAACCGACGCGCGCUCCAGCACCACACUCCCUUCUGCCAUCCUCGGGACGCAGCUCGCAGGGCACAGGCCGUCCAUGACACCACCUCGAUCCUCCCUUCCCUCCCACAGCUGCGUGCGACCGGGAUACCGUUCACUGACGCACUGUGGCAGACGCUCGACUCGGUCGACUGGACGGAGUACUUCUCGCCUGAGUGUAUUCAUGCACGCCCUCUCCGGCGUGUCCUGGAGAGGGUCCGCGGAGGAUAUCUCGACGUCCUCAGUGCGAUCCUAGCCCGCAUUGCCCAGGACCCGGAGGCGGCUGGCCCUAACUUCCUUCUCGCUGCAGCGCCGACCCUUUUCCUUGCUCCAGCGACGCCACCCGACCGCUCGCACACGGCGGCCAUUGCAAUGCGCAUCUCCCGCUUUGGUCGAGGUGAGUGGGAUGAGCUACUCUCGGAUGCACUAGGCCGCCGCACACCCCUCCCUCGGCGCACAGGUCACCGCUCACGCACCGCCACCGAUCCCUCCACAGCAGAUGAGCGCCGCAUUGCACGUUGCCUUCGUCUGGCAGCGUGCAAUGAGACCUCACGGGCCUGCGCGGCUCUCGAGCACGCAGAGGCGACCCCAGAUACACAGGGGACGAUACAGUGCCUACGGUCGAAGCACCCCACUGCAGAGAGGCCGACCCCAGCUUGGCUGUCGGGUUUCCAGGGGUCUGCUCUUGUGCUCUCGAGCUUUGCUUCAGGCGAGCCAGAGCAGAUCGACCGAGCUCUACAGACGGUGCUAGAGGGCCUCCCACCAGACGUUCUCUCCCUCCUUCCCUCCUGGCCCUCUUGCGCUUCCGCCUCCCCCGAUUCCCUUUUUGCAGGAGCGAGCCGCCUUUUGGAGGCGCAUGCUUUGGAGGCCGGACAGCCGGUGUUGGGAGAGGGGACAUGGGCUGGGGGGCCGCUGGAGCAGAGGGGUGAGGUGGGACAGCCGGGUAGUGGGGGACAGUGGGGACAGCAUCAGGUGCGGGAUCGGGAGGCGAGAGGAGCAGGUGGGCAGAGGGGACGGCAGGGGGAGCAGACAGGCCGGGAAGGGAAAGGGGGACAGCAGAGGCAGCAGCAGGGGAGCCAGCGGAGACCGCAGGCCCAGGGCGCCGCGCCUCCGGGUUUGGGCUCGGGGGUGGGGCAGAGGCGGGAGCAGCAAGGAGCGGACGGAGGUUCAGGGGGGGCAGCAAGAUCGGAAGGAGAGGACUAG